CUGCAGCGGCCUUACACCCAGCCGCCCAGCUGCUUCUGUCUAUAUAGCCGCUCCUUGCCUUACGUCAACUCUGCCACUCGCCGCAACCUGUCUUCCUUCCUACCUCCCCUCCACCAGCCCCCCAUAGCCCUCACGACAUCAUCGCGGACAUGACUCAAUACUCCUCUCCUUCCCCUCCCACAUCCAACCUGACAAGCCCUCCUACCCGUCCCGGAACUCUUCCAGUAGCUUUCUCUCCUCGUUCUCACCCCCAUGGCCCUCGUUCGCCAGAGUCUCAAUCAACGAGGCGGAGCGCUCCAGGCUCGUCCCACACCAGAUAUCGCACUAUGCCUCUUCCGGCUGACUCUUCUAGUACCAGCAUCCCACACCGGAGUUCUUCCAUCUCUGAGCAUGCUGAUUCUCCAGUCAUUGUAGACGAGCCAGAAAUCGGUCUUCCUGAGGCACCAUAUAGGCCUCCAGAGGCUGUCAUCGACCCACCAGAAGAUGAUCCACCCCCCUAUACGCCCGGCAUAGUUGCUGAGCAUAUUGGAGAGGACGGUGAUAUGCAAGUGGACUCAAAGUUCACUGCCAAAGACUUCAAUGCGUGGCAAUCCAACCUCGAAUCUUAUGACCAGAUGGAAAUUGAUCAGUCAACUAGUCAAAGUUCAAUGCCUCAGUUGGGACCUGGUGUACUUCCACGGAGAUGGCUAGCAAUUGCCCAUGAGCACGAACUCGUUAGGCCAUAUAUAGAAGCACUGCCUCCUCCAUCUAAGAAGUUUCACUCUCAAACUCACGCUCAGGUCGCUGCCGGUCAGGCCUCGCUUCCGCCACCGUCACAAAGACCGACUCCCGUUUUCGCCUCGAACAACCCCUUUGCCCAAGAUUCGCCCCGUAUUGCAACUCUCGAAGAUAUCAUCCAAGCGCUUCCGGGGGAUGGAGAUGAUUCGGAGCACUGGUAUUUCUGUAGCACCUGUUGGGGAUGGUUAAAGAUCAAGGCGGGGCAUGGCUUGCCUCCGGGGCUUCAGAGCAUGGAAGAAUGGGAGGCUUCUGUCAUCGAGCAAAAAGCUUAUCCUGACAUUGAGAGUUUUGAGAAGGCGCGUGAACAGAGGAGAGACGAGUGGGCGAGGCUCGUAGGUAUUCAAAACUCGAGGCUUGUCGCCCCGCAGGAACACCAUCAUUUUCACCAAUUCAACACCUUGCUUCCCUCCAGCAAGUUGGCACGCAUCGAUAGGGUUGUAGUUGAAGAACACUUGAACGUUUUUCCUCAUAUCACGGUGGGGCUUGAUCCCGAAGAAUCAUGGGAAUCAUUCAACCUCCCCCAUUCACCGUCCAGGUUGUUUCUCAGUGACUCCUCCGAUGUUUGGAUAUCAGUAGAUGAAGGAUUGGUUCCAGGACAGCUUCCUGUGGGCUUGGUGAACGCUUUCACAGCAGAAAAAAUGAGCAAUCCCAACCCUGGUCUUGAUGGUGUGCAAAGCGUGAAUGAGGCUUGGAAUCUAAUUGCCACGCUUUUGAUAAACCCUCUCUUCAAGGGCCAAAGAGGCUGGGUAAAUCUCAAUAAUGCCAAAUUCCAGUCAAAGAUCGGGGCUGGGCUAGCCUCCUCGCAUAUUAUGUAUCAUAUCGGCUUCGCCUGUCAACAGGAGCCUGAUGGUUUACGCGUGGGUCCUUUUAAAGGCGGUAGCGAGUCUGGAAGUGCUGCACAAAUUGCAAACGAAGCGGGCAACAUGGCGAAAAUGGAUAAGUACAUGUUGAGGGUUUGGAUCGAGGUGACACUCUAUUUGUUGGCGUUCCUAAGGCGAAAUAAAUUGCAAGCAAUUACCCCGCCAUAUAUGGAUGCGAUACCCUUGGAAAUUUCCAUCAAUGAUAUAGUGCCUUUUGCACAAUAUCCAACAUCUACUGCUCCCUUUCCAGACAACGUUCGUGAAGCAUGUCAUAUUUUGGGCGUCACCAAGUAUGACACUGCUGAAACUCUUGAAACCGCCUAUGAUCUUCAAAUUAUGUUUGACGAGCAUAAUACACCUCGGUACCUUGGCGCGCUAGAGAGAAUUUCAGAGGCGUCUGUGGUUGGAAAGAGUAGUCUGGAGUUGAAGGUAGCAGUGGAAAGGAGUUUGGACAAGUAUACAGACGAUGAAGUGCUAAAGGCAUAUAGUCUGAUUGGAUACACUCGCCAACACGCCGAAGACAUUUCUAUACCUCCUCAAGGUGCGCCUGACGAUUAUAUCCUCUCCAUGCACAAAUCCGCCAUCCAGGCCUCGACUUCUUCUCAGCAACGUCAGGACUUGAAUAGGGCGCUGGUCUUAAUCGGCAAAGACAGGAGAAGCGAGCAGCUAAAGAGUAUGGGGGAGAAGGGACAGACCUUUGUCAGUGUACAGGAAGCGUAUGAGGCGUUAAGUGCCCCGCGGGAUGCAGUCGAUGACGGGUUGAUCAUGCAAUAUGAGAUGGCCGUCAACGAAUACCCUGGGAAAGCAGACCAUUAUAGAAUGUGUCUCUCCGUCAUUGCGGAUGCUCCUGGAGAAGAAAGGCCAGGGUUGAAGCAGUUCUUGCAAACCGGUUCAAGAGAACCUGAUGUACCCGCUAGAAAAGAUAUUCCUGCAGGAUUGCAAAACAUCGGAAACACUUGUUAUCUCAAUUCCAUAUUGCAAUACUUGUACACCAUUAAGCCCCUUAGAGAAGCCGUCUUGAUCUUUGAACAGGAUAAGAGCAAAAUCGUGCCGACUUCAAAGUCAGAAGUAGAGCGAGCAAAGCGAUUCGUACGCCAACUUCGGCUUCUUUUCCUCCAGCUCUAUAAAACGGAACUCCCCGCUGUCCGCCCGGACGAAGAAUUGGCUUAUCUCGCCAUUACAAGACCGGAAAUAGAUAGCAUGGUUGAGCAGACUCAGGAACCGCCGACGGAACUCUCUGCUUCGACCGCCACAGCCACAGACUCUGCUCAAAUCACACCAAACUUGCUGGACAGCAUCCCAUCUGUACCAGAGCUCACCACUCUUCCUUCGCCUUCGUCGACCAUUUUCGCCUCACCACCUGAAUCACCCCGACAAGACCUGACGGGCACUCCUAUACCUUUGGAACAGGACGAGAUAACAGAGGAGAUGGAGUUGGACGCAGAUAAAGAAAACAUUCGAUCUCCAGAAUCGUCAAGUACUCGAUCCCGCGACACCUCCAGCACGUCUACCAUUCUCGGGAAAAGGGGUAAUCAAGAUAGAGAAAGAGACAAUUCUCGCUCCCCUGGUGAAGAACGGGUAAAAUAUAAACAGGCCGAAGGAUCAGGCAAUAAUGCUACCAGGGGUAAAUCUGAAAGCGAGAGUGCAUUGGAAUUUGAGCUGGGGACUGGCUCCAGGGUCGAGACAACGCAAGCUGAUCAAGUUGAAAGCCCGUCACUGGGUACAGCUACAGAAAUUGCCCAUCUGGAGCUGACGACGCCUGCGGGGUCUCCAAGUCAGACGCGCAAGGAGGAGGCAGAAGUUUUGGCCCUUACGCAGCCAGAGGACAAGUAUGAGUCGCCCAGUGCACCUCCAUCUCUCCCACCAAGGCCUCAAGCUCGCAAGCAAGAAACGCUCAGUUCGGGUCUACGAUUUGGUUUGCAACAGGAUGCUGCUGAGGUACUUAUCAAUGUACUUUCCCAAUUGGAACUGGCACUGGAGCAGCCCGGAGAAGAUGGAAAAGAGGCAUCUAAUCUCAUUAAAAAUCUGUAUUCUUGUAAAUAUCGCCAGCAGACGGUGUAUGAGUCGUCCUCUCCUUCCUCUGAUGAUCAACCCACCUAUGAUGCUCAGACCCCAGUAGAAUCUGUCUUCACGCAUCCGAUUAUCGGUGUCGAGGAGGAAGGCAAGGACUUGUAUGACUGCCUGGCAGAACUGUAUCUCGGUGGCUCAGCCAUUGAGUAUGAGGGGAAGAAGGGUUUUAUGAUGGAUCUCAUGGACGAGUUCCCGCCCAUGCUGUAUAUUCAGAUGCGGAGAUCACAAUACGACCCCGUCACAGGCCGAGAUCGCAAAACCAACACCCAUAUAAGUUUUCCUCAGACUCUUUGCAUGUCACGCUUCCUCACUUCUGCACCCGCCGAGAAACGUGAAGAAUCCAUCGCCCUCACGCGAGAAAUAAUUAGGAUGCGUACACGUCUUCAUUCGCUCAGGAAUCAUACGCCGUUGUCAAUCCCAUCGACGUACAAGCAUGCCUCUUCUGCCUUGAGGCAGCUCGCUUCCUCGGGCCUGGAUAUACCGGAGCUUAAUGAAGUUCUAUCACCGGAACUUUGUGAUGCACUUGACCGUGAAGGCGAUGAGGUUAUCAAAGAAAUCGAAGAAUUGCAACAAGAGCUACCCAAAUUGAAGGAAAGAAUGGAUGAGAUCUGGAGAGAUGUACACGAGGAAGAAGAAGAAGACGAACAUGUCAAGGCAUACGACUAUGAGCUAGUGAGCGUAUACAUGCAUCGAGGAAAGACGAGUGGCUCGGGGCAUUAUUGGACCUAUCAAGCUCAUUUACCAGGGCAUAGUGAAGAAUUCUAUAAUUAUAAUGACGAAAAAGUCACUGUCGUGCCUGCCAGCGAAGUUUUGCAAGACAGAACAGGUAGUGACGCUAAUCCGGCGUUACUUUGCUAUGCUCGAAAGGGCUGGGAUUUGGUCGAUUCUUUGCAUAGAGAGAUAUUGGAGCACAGCAGCCCAGAAGUAGAAGAGUUGGUGCUGACUUGAGAACUUGAGACGCCUUGUCUUGUAACAACAUACAGUAACCUUGUUAGAUUAUGCGUAGAUGUCGUUAAUG